ACCGCCACGUCACUACUCGCCCGUCGCACAUUAGCUAUGUCAUGUGUGUACUUUCCUGACGAAGUUGUGCCUAUGAUUCUUCAGCUCGCAUUAACUUGACGGCGAGCCUGAAGCACGAUAAGAGCUCCUCGAACACCCUACACCAAUACCUUCCCUCCCACUCGUUUUGCGCUCGCAACGACCGUUUCAAAGAUGCUUUGUGAUGUUUGCAAGCAAAGUCUGGAGGGAAUGAACGACCCUAUUGUCACACCACAUCUUCGAGCCGUACAACAAGGGGAACACAGAUCUCGUGGCACCCUGUUCGACAUUGAAAAACACGUGUUUGGGCAUCACCGUACUCGUGACUCACUAGUACAAUCAAUCAAACAGCAGUGCCUCCUUUCUGUUAAGUUCAAAGACCAUGAGCAUAACCUUACACGUGCUGACGAUGACUUCCUCACGAGUUUCAAUUUAUUCGUCUACGAAAAAGAAAAACGUAUAUUCGUAAAUCUUAUGUGGAGGGGGACGAGAGCUGGGACAUUAUCAAUCCUAUUGCCCCUCGAAAGCAUGCAGGAAAAAGCCGAUUUGAUCCUCGAGCUGAACGACAACACAGAUGGCCAGCACUCUCGAAGGCUGAUCGACGGAUGGGAUAAAAAUUGCCUCGCCAAACAUUCACGAUGCACACGAACUGGCGAUUCUGCCUUUUUACCUACGAAGAUACUUGAGUUCGAAGAUGGCAGUAACCCUACCACAUGUAGGCUAGUGUUGCGAGAAGAGAUAUAUUCUAACUCAAGAUACACUGCAUUGUCCUAUCGUUGGGGUACUGCAGGGAAACCAGGAAAAUUGUGUCUUUUACAGUCAACGUUCGAUACCAUACGCAGUGGAUUGCCUCUCGGGUCCCUUUCAAAGACAUAUGUCGAUGCCAUUCACGUCACUGCACGACUCGGCAUUAGAUACAUAUGGAUUGAUGCGCUCUGUAUAAUACAGGAUUCUCCAAAAGAUUGGCGCGUUGAAGCUGCUACGAUGCAAGCCGUUUACCGCAAUUCAUACCUUACUAUCUCGGCUGUCGCGGGUGCUCACGAUGACUCUGGUCUAUUCUAUUCACGAGACCCCGCCAAAGUCCAGCCCACCGUCGUAAAUAUCGCAUACACAUCAUACGAUAAGCCCAAGACUUUCGUAUGUUCAGAUGAGACACAGGCAGUGGAAGCGUCUUUCCGGCUCGGCAACGUCACGAGGAAGCGUGGCUGGUGUCCCCAAGAACGCCUCUUGCCAUGUCGUGUUUUACACUUUGGGUCGCAGCAAGUUUUCUGGGAGUGUCACGAACAACACGCGUCUGAAACAAUGCCAUGGUCUAUGUCUUAUGGUCACUGGGAUCGUGAUCUUCCUAGAAAAAGACUAUGGAAACUAUCAAUCGGCGAGACGCUCUUUCUUGACCCAGAAGACCCGUAUACGACCCUGUUCCUCGAGUGGUAUGCUAUGAUAUCCAUCUACAGUAACUGCCAACUCACGCAUGCGUCCGACAAGCUCGUGGCUAUAUCUGGCUUGGCCAACGACAUGAGAUCAGCGUUGAACACUCGCCGACCUCAUACACACCACACAUAUAUUGCUGACUUGUGGGCAGAAGACCUUCGCUUUGGCCUGUGCUGGUCGUUGGACGGCUUUGGUAGCAGAUCAGCUGUUUACCGAGCUCCAUCUUGGUCUCCAAUGUCACUCGAUGGAUCGAUACACUGGAAUGGGUCGCCAAAGAGGGAUGAAUUCACAUGGCACGUCACCAAUGCGAAUUGUACGGCGGCAACGCGUUAUAUCAAUGAUUUGGAUACGGGCGAAGUCACUAGCGCAUAG